AUGGUGCAGGUCUUGCUGGGCGCUCUACGCGCGGCCGGACGACAUGCCACCGCUGCCAGAUUCCUUGCCACUCGUAGCGUACUAAGAACCGCUUCGUUCGCCACGCAAUCUAGUGUGUACACAUGGGGUAACGGCACGCUGGGCCAGCUGGGACACGGACCCGUGGUCAAGUCGGGUAUCCGCAACGCGUAUGAGGAGCUGACGCCCAAGCUUGUGGAGGCUUUAGAAGGCAAGGCCAUCGCGCAAGUCGAGUUCGGUGCCAGCCACAGUGCAGCCAUCGAUGAGGACGGCAGACUAUACGUAUGGGGUAGCAACGAGUACAGCAAGUUGGGCCUCGGAGAGAGCAGCGAGAUGGAGGAGCUCCCGUGCGAGGUGGAGGCUCUUAAGGGCAUUAAAAUCGUAGAUGUCUCUUGUGGUGAUUACUUCACAGCUGCUGUGGAUGAGGACGGCAAGAUGUAUUCGUGGGGCUGGGGAGGCUCCACUAUGAAGGGCGCUGGAGGUCUUGGCCACGCUGGUGGCAAGGACGAACCCACUCCACGACUGUUGACAACAUUGGUGGAUCAGGGUGCACCCAUGGCUACAGUCGAGUGCGGUGAAUUCCACACGGUCGCACUUACUAAGGACGGAGAGAUUUGGGCCUGGGGUAAUGGCGAGUACGGACGUCUGGGCAAUGGCGAGUCCGACACGUGCGAGGUGCCAGAGCCCAUUGAGUUCUUUUCCAAGGACAACGUCGUGUCGAUCGCUGCAGGACGGGACUUUUCCUUCGCCCUGACGGACAAGGGCGAGCUGUACAGUUGGGGAGGCAACAGCCAGAAUCAACUGGGUAUUGGCGGUGGUCUGGCGAUGGACGUGUACAACAUCGAGUCGAUUCCGGUGCUGGUCGAGGCGUUCAACGGCCUGCAAGUGAAGCAGAUUGCAGCUGGUUACGACCACGCUGCGGCUGUGACGGAGGACGGACGUCUGUACAUGUGGGGAGCUAAGAUCUGGAUCGAACCGCACGAGAUGACGGCCGUGAACGAGCACAAGAUGACGCAGGUGGCUUGUGGACGGCAAUACACAGUGGCCUUGACCGACGACGGCAAGGUGUUCACGUUCGGCAAGGGUAGCUCCAACUGUCUGGGCCAUGGCGACCGCAAGAACCAACUGCAACCGCUGCAGAUUCAAGCUCUGGCCGGCGUUAACAUCACGUCGGUCUCGUGCGGCGACUACCACAUGGGCGCCAUCGCGACACCCCACGCCGAGGCAGCCGACAAAGACUUUUCCUUCCGGGAGUAG